CGAACAGCGCCUCGAGGCAACACACAAUCGCUGAGCACUCGGACAAAUAGGUUUCCUCUCUGCCUCUUUGUACAUCAUUCAUCGUAUCACCAUCGGCGAUGGAUAUCGACGACUUCUCCGAAGGCUCAAGAUCGUUCUCGAGCGCCGUUCCUCCGUCCACUAGCGCCACUCCAGGCUCUCCCGGAACUGCCACCCCACCGCCAACGCUCACAUUCAUCGACCGCACCGAAUCACGCGUCUUCUCGCGUUCAGGGCAUAUUCCUCGCGUCGCGAACCCAGCUCACUCAGGCUAUGCCUCUGACACGACCGCCAGCCAGUACGAUGUCGAUGAAGACGACGAGGACGACGCAGUGGAAGAGACCAUGGAGAUGAAGGCCAGGAACGUACUCAAGCAGGUCCGCGACGAGUUUUACGCCUGGGAACCAGUCGCGUCGCGCGCGACUUUGCGCUCCCUCGUACCGUCGGAGCCCAGACCGCUCACCGAAGGCGAGGCUGAAGAGAUGAGUGAUCUCCUCGCCGCUCUGGAGCGCGGGCCAACGUGGGCACACUUGGACUCUGGUUCAGACAUGGACGACGACGCGGACGACGAUUCUCCGAAAGUGCGAGUCACACGUAUUUCGUCCUCGGGGCAGGAACGCUCGCGAACUGUUAGAUGCGAGGUUAUCAAUGUCACUGCGAUAGAGCCGCACCCGCCCUACGAAUCAUGUACACCGUCCUCAAGAAGCAUUCGCAUGUUAGAAGCUGACAAGACGACUUUGCGCUUUAUUCCCUAUGCGGACCAAAAGGACUUUCCCAUCCGUAAGGUACUCAAUGACAAAAACUGGGAGACCUGGGCUUGGGAGGGGGAUUUUGAUCCCGAUCAUGAAAUGAUUCAGAUCGAGGCUGCCAGGAGACUGGUAUCUCAGUACGGGCUCACAAUCAACGAGAUCGAUAACUUGAAGGUCUUUGAUAAGGAGCUACGGAACCCUUUGUUCAACAACACCGGUUUGCUGCAUGACAUCUCUCAGCGAGACCAAUUAUAUUGGCCAGGUUCUUUCCGUGAGCAGCCGCACGAACACGUCCUCCCAGAAUCGUUCGCGCCCGGUGAAGAAGACGAAGUGGCACGGCACAAGUCCGUGUUGAGUGUACAAUGCCCUAAUCCAAAUUGUGCUGGCCUGUUGUGCCAUGAACACUACUAUCCGUACCCGGGUAUAAUACCUAUCAGACGGCCGAAGCUCACCAGCCAGCAACUGCUUCAGCUACCCGGAAGACCGUGCGGAGACCAGUGUUUCCGACUAGUCGAGGACAUAAUCGCGUACGAAACAAUCAAUCCAGAUCAACCCGACGACCUGCAGGCCCACUGUGAAGCGAUACUUAAGCAGUUCCCCGACAGCUUGCCCUGCGAUCUCGUUCUUCUGACAGACCUGCCGUGCCGGGAGAUCUAUGCACAACGGCUGGACGUAUUCAGAGACGACGGCAUCGAAAACGAGGAUGACAUGAUCAACACAAGGAAGCGCAAGCAUCAAAAGGGAGAGUUCAAAGACCGAUUUGAGUACAAACCAUCCCAGCCGUGUGCGCAUAGCGGACCAUGCACAGAGGAAACCUGCAGCUGCGCAAAGGCCAAGCUGCACUGCCAGCUGAGCUGCUCAUGCGGGGUACAGUGCUGGCGCCAACGCAAGGGAUGUAAAUGUCCGCGGGGAAAGAACUCUUGCCGAACUAGCAAAUGCGCAUGCUUCAAAGCAUCGAGAGAGUGCAUGCCCGGGAUAUGCGGGCGAUGCGAUGCAAAAGGUGCGACGAGUCGGCCUUGUCGCAACACGGUAGUGCAGAGGGGAGAAGGAAAGGAUAUCGAAAUAAAACGUGGCACGUGGGGCCUGGGUGCCUUCGCCAGACAGCGUAUCCGCAGACACGAGUACCUCGGAGAUUACACCGGUGUUCGCAUGUUCACAUCUGAGGCCGACCGAGACGAGGCUGUCCGCAAUCAUACGGGCCUCAACUAUCUAUUUGAGUUUGACGUCAAUGGUACUACCGCCGAGGAUGGGGAAUCCAUAGAUGCACAUCGCGUCGGGAACUUCACGAGAUUCCUAAAUCACGCCGACGAUGAUGGCCAGAACGUGGAUGUGAGGCCCAUGGUGGUAAACGGGGACCCUCGCAUUGCCCUUUUUGCACAGAGAGAUAUCAAAGCCGGCGAGGAACUCUUCCUCUCUUACGGAGAGAAGUAUUGGACAGAGGGUCAAGACAGUAACGAAGACGAAGAUGGCAGGGGAGGUGAUGCCGAUGAUGAGGCUGAUCGGUCCCAUACAUAGAAUAUACCUUUUGAGAUAGACGAUAUGCCUUAUGAACGUAUGAAG